ACCUAGAACCGGAAAUAGGAAAUUUCUUUCUUUGCCGAGGCAAUUUCCUUCGGCAAAUGUAACAUGUAGGUUUCACGGAUACUAAUUCCAUCAAAUCGCGAGUGAAUUCCCUUUAAAUUAUUAAUCUGCCUGGAUUUGCCACAUUUAUUACUUGCUCCGGACAGCUGUAUUUCUUUGAGGGGGGAAAGGUUUGAUUGUGAAGCGCGAAAGUUGCCCAAGUGUUUGCUUAGGAAGUUGUAAUGUCUGCCAGGGCUGCGGUGCAGAUCACGCCAGCCGUUCAGCGCCGUUAAAGCCCUCCGCCGUCAGGGUCACGAUGGAUGCUUUUUGGAUGAUAGUGCUGCUGCUGAUCCCGGUCCUGUUCUUCACAAGCAGCACAUUCGUGUUUUAUUUCAAAAAAUGUUUCUAUGUAGCAUGGAUGAUGUUUCUGGCCGUGUUCGCGAUCCCCAUCUGUAUUCUAAAGAGCGGAGGCAGAGACAUAGAAAACAUGAGAGUCAUCCGUUUCUUGGUGCGACACGUGAAGUACUUCCUCGGCCUCCGUUUCGAGGUGAGCGGCUGGGCGCACCUGCAGACUGAAGGGCCCUUUGUAAUCAUCUCCAACCACCAGAGCUCCCUGGACGUCCUCGGCAUGAUGGAGAUCCUUCCCGACCGUUGCACCAUGAUCGCCAAGAAGGAGCUCGUAUAUGCCGGGACGGUCGGCAUUGUCUGCUGGCUUGGUGGCAUUGUCUUCAUCAACCGCAAGAAGACCAGCGACGCCAAAAGCGUGAUGGGCCAGGCUGCGCAGACCAUGCUCGAUCAGAAGAUCCGCCUGUGGGUCUUUCCGGAAGGCACACGCAACCAGAAAGGCGACCUGCUGCCUUUUAAGAAGGGUGCCUUCCACCUGGCGAUACAGGCACAGGCUCCCAUCGUACCCGUAGUAUUCUCCUCCUACAGCAACUUCUACUUGCGGAAAGAAAAGCAGUUUAAAUCUGGAACCAUCAGGUUGAAGAUCCUCCCAAAGAUUGAGACAAAAGGAUUGACGUCAGAUGAUGUGGCCACUCUUUGUGAUAAAUCCUACGCCGUCAUGCGGUCUGCAUUCCUGGAGGUCUCGCGAGCAGGCAGCCAGAAUAACGGCCCGUCGGCUCUCUGACUGCACUCAUCUGCCCCCUCCCCCCAUCACCCCCAGCAGCGCCUGAACAUACAGGGCAGUGCAGUGGCAAUCUGUUCUCCAAAAACCAGACACCUCAGUAAAGACGGCACAGCAGAUGUACAAAAACAAUGAUGGCGAAAUACCCCCCCCCACCCCCAACAGAGUGCCACCAUGGCACAGCAGAUGUACAAUGUAUGUUACAGAAUUUCUAAUAUCACCUAAGAGAUAUUUUGCUGGAAGUUGUGUUGCUACCUAUGGAGGAUUUUUUUUUUUUCCUCUUUUGCCUUUUUUUUUUUGCAGAUAAUAUUUACUGGUUCACAAGCUCUGUGAGUACAGUUAGGGCAGUCAGGGCUGCAUAUGUCCUAAGUCCACCCCCCCGGAGCCAUGUUGCUUUGUAUGGCUUGCUCUGAAGAUACGGACUCUAUAACGGACGUGUGCCUGUUGUGCAUUUUUUUUUAUUUUACACUGUUCUUACCAUAUGUUCUCUCAUUGUAUCUCAUUGUGUCCAAUUUUAUUUUGGCUAUGUGUGCAUUUGACCGCUUUUCUCCCUUGUGGAUGUACAGGAUGCGUCAAGAUGCCCUCCGAAUUUUUCUGUGCCCUGUACCUGCUGGUACGUUCCAGGUGUUGGCACCUUUCGGAGGAGAGUGAGUGAAUGUCUGGUAGAGAUGUCAAGUCAGCCAGCAACUUGUGGUUUCCCCUGUUGCUUUACCUGUCUGAGGUUUCCCAAAACAGAAGAUCAUUAGUGUCAGCGUGCUCAACCAAAUGGCAAGAAAAUGAACAUCAGUGACUGGUUUGAUGUUGUUAUGAAUUGUUUGUGGACCCUGAUAUUUUACCCCCAACAGUCUUGCAAGAUUCUGCAUGUAAUCGAAAAGAAAGUAUCUCCAAGUCUUGUAGUUAAAAAUAAUUUAUAUAUCCAAUGCUUUUUACAAUGAUUAUGCUUUCGUAUUCUCUUGGUAGCCCCAACAGUGAACUUGUCAAAUGUGUCAAAGGUCAUUUUGUUCAGUGCAAUUUUUAUUGUACAAAAAGAAUUAUUGUUCCAAAGUGCAGGCUUCCUCUUGUGCCAUGUUACAGCUUUGAGUUACGGGUGCUUUAUAAUAUUACCACCGUUUCACUAAAAUUGAACACCAUCAGUUUAAUGAUCAGUUUCUCAAGACUUUGAAAUUAGUACUUGCGUAAUGUUAAUGUUAAUAUUAAUCUUAAAUGUAAGAAUGGAAAUAUUUAUGUUGUGAGCGACAAAUCUAAGGGGUUAGUUGUGUGAGGAAGAGGAGUACACUGCUACAGCACUUAAAACUGCCAUCCAGACACACCAUGCUUCAUGGAGAGACGGCUGGUGGUCUUUUCCUGAUUUUUUUAUUCUUUUUUUUGUUUUUUGUCUAAGCAAUGCAUCAAGACAAGCAUAACAGAAGAGAGAAAAUAAUCCAAACAUUUUGGAAUUAAUACAUUUAAUUAGGGUUAUUAACGGAUUUGAGUGGGGCUUUAAUUUGAACUAUUAGAGUUUACACACCUAAACAGUUAACUAUGAAACAAAUUAACGUGAUUGAGCAAAGGGAAAUGGACCUCUGAAAUGGAGAUUUCUUUUCUUUCUUGGCUGUUCUGUAUAUCACUGAUAAUUAACUAACAAAUUAACAUUCUGAUGACUCGGGUCAGUUAUUUAUCAUUCAGUCUUAAAUUCACCAGGUAUUUCUUGCUCAUGGCAGCUGCUGUCAGAUUGAUAAACCAGAGGCUUUUGCCAAAGUUUGGAGUGGUUUGAGCAUAGUUUCGUAUUAAAUAUACUUGAAGGUGUUGUUGGGAGUUUCUUGUCCAAAUCCUAAAAUGGAGUAGCUUGUUGCAUGAGGAAGAAGGGGGGGGGGUGCAGUAUUUACAAUGAAAAUCAUAUAAUAAAGUCAUCAGAGAUCAAAGGAAGCCAUGGGCAGACGUUAGCCACACCUCUUUAUUGUGAUCACUUCCUGUCCUCUAAUGCGGUGCUACAUGAAGGUCAAAAAUAAAGGAAAUUAAGGAAUGUUUCCAGAAUUUACUGCAUAAUAAAGAGUAUGUUAUGUCACUUUAAUUUUUUAUUUUUUAAUUCCAGUGGCCGAUGUCCAUGUAAUAGUUAAGGACGUGUUUUAAAAUGUGUUAAGUGUUUCUGGUUUUCAGGAUAUGAGAGAGAGAGAGAGAGGGGGGGGGGCUGUUUUACCCUUGAGUGGAGUACCAGCAUCUGAUAAAUGUAGUGACGGUCAUAUUAAGGGGAAGAAGCCUGUGUCAUGCAUUAUUGUUUUAAUGGCUUUGGAAACUUUUUUGUUUGUUUUGUUUUUUUAAAUUGGCUAAGCAGAAAAAUUAUUAAAUUUGAAUUGUUAGCGCCUCUGGUAAUUUUAUGUGUUUAUAUGGUAUGGCAUGAUUCAUUUGGAUUUUGUGUGUUUUUUUCCCCCCACCCAAUUUCAAAUUAAUUUAUUUAUAUAUAGAUAUAUAAUUCUUUGAAAUCUGUUACUAACUUACCUCUGCCUUUAGUAUUAGUACUUAUAAAGAGAGAAGUGUGCAGAAGCAGGUCCUUGCGCAGAGGUCAUUCACUUCAAAUAUAUUCAAUUUUUGCACAGCUGUGCAUUAGAAACACAUCUUUCUUCAAGAAAAAGGUGUUCCUAAGUAAUGUUCUUUUACAGAAAGGUAUUUGACAGUGAAUGAUUAGUUAAGCACUGCAUCUUCGAUACUAAUUGCGAGGCUUUAUGUGGUCAACAGGCAGUAUGACUAGUGAAUAGGACCCUGCUGUGUAAUGAUGAUGAUGAUGUGGAUUUUGGCUACCUGCUGCUUUGAGCUCCAUAGCAGCCUGAGUAAUAUUCUGUAAAAGUAGUUUUUAUUUGACAGGAGCCUGUUCUCCUUGUUUAUUAAUUUGGGUUUUUAAGUUGCUCUGCUAUGUUGGUGUAAGCAAAUAAGAUUCUUAAAAAAAUCAUUGCUGCCCCAUUAGCCUAUAAACUGCAAAUCCCUGCUGGAAAAGGGUGCGUUUCUUUGCCAAAACAGUAAUAAUUGCUGGGCCUGGAGGCUGCUGACAUCGGUACAGCGACUGAGAGGAUUGUUAUCCAGUCGCAUCCCGUGUUUGCUAGCUGCUUUGCAGACUCAUUUGUUAUUUGCUAGCUGCUUUGUAGACUCUGUUGUUUGCUAGCUGCUUUGCAGACUCAUUUGUUGUUUGCUAGCUGCUUUGCAAACUCAUUUGUUGUUUGCUAGCUGCUUUGCAGACU